AUGAAGUCAGAGUCUCUGGGGAUCCACCAACUAUUGCCUUUGAAUCCCUGUUCCUACGACCACCAGAACCCCCCUAGAGAAUUUGAUUUGACGGUUGAAAGGGAAGAACUUGAAGAGAUUGCAAAAUGGGUCUGGGAGGCCCAGUUCGGACAAUUCUUAAUUUGA